AUAUAUAAAUGGGCUAGGCUUUCAUUAGACCAAGUCAAACGAACACUAACUAAUCAAACUAACACUCCCUACUCUUCCUCUUCUCAUCACACACUUCUUCUUCCUUUCCUUCUUCCUCUCCAUUCCAUCCACCUUCUUCUCUCCUUCCUCUCCAUCAUCAUGUCCAACGAUGACUCCUCCUUCCCUCCUUCCAAUCCCACCACCACCCAACAAAGACAAUGUUCUCAAUAUGACUCAGUACUCCAAUCUCUUACCCAAAUCCUUGGCAGCCCUCUCCCUGAUUCCAUCACCCUCUCUGACAACCCUCCCUUCUCCCUCCUCCACAACCACCACAUUACUACCCAAAUCACCAACCUUCUCCUCUCCCCUUCCUCCGGCGCCGGCGACGACUCUCUCUGCCGUUGGCUCUACGACACCUUUCAAUCCACCUGCCCUGACCUUCAACUUCUUGUCCUCAACUUCCUUCCAACCCUUGCCGGCCUCUACCUCUCCCGCUCCAUCUCCCGCCAACCCCUUGCCGGCUUUGAAGCAGUUCUCUUAGCCCUUUAUGCUCAUGAAACUACUUCACGAGCCAACCAACCACUUACAUUUACCUUGCCCAAUCUCACCUAUCCUAGCAUUUACCAUGAAUCUAAAUCCCCGGCCAAGAACCGCCCCACUGAGGACCCUGAGGUGGUGGUCUUCUCACAAGCUAUUGAACCUCAUGGCACUGUUAGAUCCACCAAGAGAGCUAGAAUAGUUGGAGUUGCACUUGAGCUUUACUUCAGUAAAAUUGCACUCAUGCCAUUGUCUUCUAAGUUGGAGUUUUGUAGGUUUUGCAUUGCUUGGAGUGGAUUUAAAGAGAAAGAAAUAGAGAAGGAGGAGGAGGAGAAGGAGGAGAUGGGAAGAAGGGUUCCACUGCCAUGGGAGUUAUUGCAACCUAUACUUAGAAUUUUGGGACACUGUUUAAUGGGAGGAGGUGAGCAUGAUAGGUUGAAGGAGAUGAAGGUGAUGGCUAAUGAUGCUGUUAAUUGUAUUUAUGAGAGAGCUUUGCAUGAUAUGAAUCCUCAGGCGAUAUUGGCGAGUAGGAGUUUGCUUAGUUUGGGGAAGAUGGAGGAUGAGAUUAUGUGGGAGACUUCUUCUUGUCUUCCUACUAGUACUACUACUUCUUAUAAUGAAACUGUUGCUCAAGUACAAGAUGUGGAGAAAAACCAACCUGUUAAUCAAGAUUGA